GUAAAAGCGUAAUAUUGGACUAGCAUUCAUUCCUUCAAUUCAAUAUAUAAUAACCCCAUUACACACACUUUGUUUAUACAAGUUCUGUUGAUCCGCCGUCCGAGUAAACUGAAACUUGCAACAACAAAGAGCUUCGUAAUAGACGUUUUUGCGGUCAGGAUGGCGACAGUAGGAGCAUCGGGAUGGUUGAAGGGAAAAGUCAAAGCUGUUCCAUCUGGGGACUCUCUGGUUAUAAUGGGGAACACAAAGGCUGAAAUUCCUCCCGAAAAGACCAUAACCUUGUCAUCUCUUGUUGCUCCAAGAUUGGCUCGUAAAAACAGUGAUGAUGAACCUUUUGCAUGGGAGAGCAGAGAGUUUCUAAGGAAGCUUUGCAUAGGACAGGAGGUAAUUUUUAAAGUGGACUAUGAAGUACCAGCCAUAGGCCGAGAAUUUGGUUCUGUUUUUAUUGGUGAUAAGAAUGUUGCGUGUCUCGUUGUUGCUUCUGGAUGGGCAAAGGUUAGAGAGGUUCGGGAGCAAAGUCAGCAGAAAGCUGAAGUCAGUCCUUUUGUAGCAGAACUUUUGCGAUUAGAAGAGCAAGCCAAACAACAAGGUGUUGGUCGCUGGAGCAAGGUGCCUGGUGCUUCUGAGGCAGCCAUCAGAAAAUUGCCUCCUUCUGCAGUUGGUGAUCCUAGUAACUUGGAUGCAAUGAGCCUUUUAGCUGCCAAUAAAGGUAGGCCCAUGGAAGCUAUUGUGGAGCAAGUUCGUGAUGGAAGUAGUCUUCGUGUUUUUUUGCUUCCAGAUUUUCAGUUCGUCCAAGUUUUUGUUGCUGGUAUUCAGGCACCCUCUAUGGGUAGAAGGGCUGUGCAGGACCCAAUUCCUGAACCUGAAAUGACCGCUGCAGCUGAUGAAAAUGGCAAUGCUUCUACUAAAUCUCGUGGCCCAUUAACAUCGGCACAGAGACUUGCAGCAUCACCAGCCUCGUCUAAUGAAGUUACCCCAGAAUUAUUUGGGCGGGAAGGGAAACACUUUACAGAGAUUCGUGUAUUACAUAGAGAUGUCCGCAUUGUUCUGGAGGGUGUUGACAAAUUCAGCAACUUGAUCGGUUCCAUAUAUUAUCCUGAUGGUGAUGUUGCGAGGGAUUUAGCUAUGGAGCUUGUUGAACAUGGCUUAGCUAAAUAUGUUGAAUGGAGUGCUAGUAUGUUGGAUGAUGAGGCCAAACGGAAACUAAAAAAUGCUGAACUUGAAGCUAAAAAGAGUCGGUUAAGAAUGUGGACAAGCUAUGUGCCUCCGGUUUCUAAUUCGAAGGCAAUUCACGACCAGAAUUUUAGUGGAAAGGUUAUUGAGGUCGUGAGUGGGGAUUGCAUUGUUGUAGCAGAUGAUGCUCUUCCAUUUGGCAGUCCAUUAGCUGAGCGAAGAGUAAAUCUCUCAAGUAUAAGGUGUCCGAGACUAGGCAAUCCUAGAAAAGAUGAAAAAAGCCCCCCUUAUGCUCGUGAAGCGAAGGAUCUCUUGCGAACACGUCUAAUCGGCCGUCAAGUACAUGUUUCAAUGGAAUAUUCUAGGAAGGUAAACUUGGCAGAGGGACCUGGUGCUCCAACUGGAACAACAGAUAGGGUAAUGGACUUUGGAUCAGUCUUUUUGCCGAAGGAUGGCGAGGCUCCACCUAGUGCAGGCAGUCAGCCGACAGGGAUUAAUAUUGCUGAGUUAAUUAUUUCUCGCGGUUUUGGUGAAGUCAUUAAACAUCGUGAUCUUGAGGUAAGAUCAAAUUACUAUGAUUCCCUUCUUGCUGCCGAAUCGCGUGCCAAAGCUGGGAGGAAAGGGAUGUAUUCCGGCAAGGAUGCUCCAGUGAUGCACGUCAAUGACUUUAUAACGGCUUCAUCUAAAAAAGCGAAAGAUUUCUUGCCAUUUUUGCAACGGAAUAGAAGGAUGACAGCUGUUGUGGAAUAUGUGUUUAGCGGUCACCGAUUUAAAUUAUAUAUUCCAAAGGAAACUUGCAGCAUCGCUUUCUCGAUCUCAGGAGUGAGAUGCCCAGGACGAGAUGAGCCUUAUUCCAGUGAAGCGAUUGCACUAAUGAGAAGGAAAAUCAUGCAGAGGGAUGUUGAGAUUGAAGUAGAAACUGUUGACAGAACAGGUACUUUUUUGGGAUCUUUGUGGGAGUCAAGAUCCAAUGUCGCAUUGAUACUACUCGAAGCUGGUUUGGCCAGGCUUCAAACCUCUUUUGGUACAGAUAGGAUACCUGAUAUCCACCUGCUUGUGCAGGCUGAGCAGUCUGCUAAGAAGCAGAAAUUGAAGAUUUGGGAGAACUAUGUUGAAGGAGAAGAAGUUUCUAAUGGCCCAACUUCUGAAAGAAAGAAAGAAGAAUUUAAGGUAGUGGUUACUGAAGUCCUUGGCGGUGGAAAGUUUUAUGUUCAGCCAGCAGAUCAGAAAGUGGCAUCCAUUCAGCAGCAGCUUGCUUCUUUGACACUCCAGGAGGCUCCUUUGAUCGGUGCUUUCAAUCCAAAGAAAGGCGACCUUGUCCUUGCACAGUUUAGUGCGGAUAAUUCCUGGAACCGAGCAAUGAUUGUGAAUGCCCCUCGAGGUGUCGUUGAAUCUCCAAAAGACAAAUUUGAAGUGUUUUACAUUGACUAUGGAAAUCAAGAAAUGGUUUCUUUCAGCCAAUUGCGACCUGUUGAUUCUUCCGUGUCUUCGUCACCUGGCCUUGCGCAACUGUGCUGUCUUGCUUAUGUAAAGGUUCCAAGUUUGGAGGAGGAUUAUGGGCAGGAAGCAGCUUUUAGUCUGAGCGAGCACACACUUAGUGGGCCAAAAGAGUUUAAGGCUGUUGUUGUAGAGAGGGAUGCGUCUGGCGGAAAAGUCAAAGGACAAGGAACUGGUACUGUCCUUAUGGUAACUUUGAUUGAUGAGGAGGCUAAUGAAAGCAUAAAUUCCCGCAUGUUGAAGGAAGGACUUGCUAGGUUGGAGAAGCGGAGGAGAUGGGAGCCGGUCGAAAGAAAACAGGUGAUUGACGAAUUAGAAAAAGACCAAGAAGAAGCUCGUACUAAGAGGCUGGGCAUGUGGGAGUAUGGAGAUAUAAUGUCAGAUGACGAGGACAGUGCUCCAGUAAAGAAACCCAGUGGUGGCAGGAGGUGAAUACAUGGUUUUCUAGUAACCUAAAUAAUUUAGGUGAGAACAACAUAGGAUGAAAAGUGCUACAAGAAAGAGAAUCAAGACGGGAUAUUUUGUUUAAAUUUGUUUUUUUUUUUUGGAAAAAUGUUAUUAGAAACUUAGAAAGCAGUUUUGGAUUUUGUUUUGCUUAUGUGUUAAAUACAUACAAUUGCCCCUAAUAAGGAGACCUCCAUCAAUUUCUAUGAAGUAAGGUAUGUGACUUUAUAUCCUA